AUGCGCAUCCUCGGUGACGUUUGUUACGCGCACGGGGCGGCGGCUCAGCAGCCAUGCGAUUCUCUAUCGAAUCCAACCUUACCACGCGCCGCCGCGCGCGGAGGGAGACUUCUCUCUUCUGAGCGGCGUCGCCGUUCAACAUCCAGAAGUAGAGACUUCUUCGCGUCCCGACAGGCGUGCUACGCGGUGAUCGUGCUUCUCGCCGCGCUGCUCGCGAGUGGCGGCGUCGCUGUCGCAGGUCAGUCAUGCACCGGGGCCCGUCCCUUCAACCCUCCUUGCCUUCCGAUUUUCCCCUUGCCCGAACGCGACUCGCGCAUGCUAAGCAACAAAAUCAAAUCCCGUCUCUCUCUCUCUCUCUCUCUCUCUCUCUCUCUCUCUCUCUCUCUCUCUCUCUCUCUCUCUCUCCUCUCUCUCUCUCUCUCUCUCUCUCUCUCUCUCUCUCUCUCUCUCUCUCUCCUCUCUCUCUCUCUCUCUCUCUCUCUCUCUCUCUCUCUCUCUCUCUCUCUCUCUCUCUCUCUCUCUCUCUCUCUCUCUCUCUCUCUCUCUCUCUCUCUCUCUCUCUCUCUCUCUCUCUCUCUCUCUCUCUCUCUCUCUCUCUCUCUCUCUCUCUCUCUCUCUCUCUCUCUCUCUCUCUCUCUCUCUCUCUCUCUCUCUCUCUCUCUCUCUCUCUCUCUCUCUCUCUCUCUCUCUCUCUCUCUCUCUCUCUCUCUCUCUCUCUCUCUCUCUCUCUCUCUCUCUCUCUCUCUCUCUCUCUCUCUCUCUCUCUCUCUCUCUCUCUCUCCUUUGUCCCUUGGAUCACCCCCUCGAAAGGGAUCAGCCCCGAGCUACCGAUGCAGCGCGAAUCCCGCGGUGGCCUCGGUGACUCCCAAGUACGCGAACCGGUUCUUCCGGCUGAUCAGCACCCUCUUCGACGCGUCGACGGGGAAUGUCAUAACGGAAAUCCUUACCAACGGUCGCAACUGGGUGGAGGACCCGCGCCUCGAGCCCGUUCUUGCGCUGCGCUCCGAAGGCAAAUGCAAGGCAUCAUGGGCAAUCACAGCAGUGAGCGCGGUGGAAAUGGCAUACGCGUUAGUGGCUUCCUCAACGCCCUCCAUGGAUCCCCCCCAGCGCCUAUCAGUACAGCAGGUGCUGGAAUGCAGGAACAGCAUGAGCAGCAGCUGUGCGGCGGGCGGAUGGCCGACGGCAGCGCUGGACUUCAUGGUGGACGCCACAAUGACGUGGGGGGGGCUCGCCUGCGAGGCUGGGUACGCGUACACGCAGAAGGACGGCAAAUGCAACCGCAACAAGGCGAAGCAGCAGGCGACGGCCAUAGGCAUCACGGGGUACGACCAGGUGGACUACUACGGCUGGCUUGGCCUGAUGCUCGCUGUUUACGCUCAGCCCACCAUUGCAUUCGUGCGAGGCUCCUACCCCUCCUUCCAGACAUACACAGAUGGCAUAUACAGCGACCCAGGGUGCGCAGCAGCGGGGGUGGAGGAUCACAGUGUGGUGGGCAUAUACAACGACCCAGGGUGUGCAGCAGCGGGGGUGGUGAAUUACAGCAUGCUGGGGAUGGGCUACAGCAUCACAUCUUCGCAGGGCGCCUAUUCAUCGUGGUGUUAUCUCACCUCACGUGCCAUGCCACUCAUUGCACUUCCGUCACCCUCUCCUUUCCCCCCCACUGCUCACCUCUCAGGGCAUAUACAGCGACCCAGGGGCUUAUACUAUGACCAGGGGUGUGCAGCGGCAGGAGUGGUGGAUCACAGCGUGGUGGUGAUGGGCUACAGCAUCUCCGCGGUGGAGGGCGCCUACUGGAUCCUCCGCAACUCCUGGGGGGCUGGCUGGGGCAUGCAGAAUUCUACGAUCGCUCUCUGCCUGCGUUCUUGCUCUCUGCCUGCAUUCUCAUUCUCUGCCUGCAUUCUCAUUCUCUGCCUGCAUUCUCAUUCUCUGCCUGCAUUCUCAUUCUCUGCCUGCAUUCUCAUUCUCUGCCUGCAUUCUCAUUCUCUGCCUGCAUUCUCAUUCUCUGCCUGCAUUCUCAUUCUCUGCCUGCAUUCUCAUUCUCUGCCUGCAUUCUCAUUCUCUGCCUGCAUUCUCAUUCUCUGCCUGCAUUCUCAUUCUCUGCCUGCAUUCUCAUUCUCUGCCUGCAUUCUCAUUCUCUGCCUGCAUUCUCAUUCUCUGCCUGCAUUCUCAUUCUCUGCCUGCAUUCUCAUUCUCUGCCUGCAUUCUCAUUCUCUGCCUGCAUUCUCAUUCUCUGCCUGCAUUCUCAUUCUCUGCCUGCAUUCUCAUUCUCUGCCUGCAUUCUCAUUCUCUGCCUGCAUUCUCAUUCUCUGCCUGCAUUCUCAUUCUCUGCCUGCAUUCUCAUUCUCUGCCUGCAUUCUCAUUCUCUGCCUGCAUUCUCAUUCUCUGCCUGCAUUCUCAUUCUCUGCCUGCAUUCUCAUUCUCUGCCUGCAUUCUCAUUCUCUGCCUGCAUUCUCAUUCUCUGCCUGCAUUCUCAUUCUCUGCCUGCAUUCUCAUUCUCUGCCUGCAUUCUCAUUCUCUGCCUGCAUUCUCGCUCUCUGCCUGCAGGGAUACAUGAAGAUGUCAUUUGAGGGAGGCGUUGGCAUCUGUGGCAUUCACUCAGUGCCGGCCCUCUACCCCAUCAUCCAGACGCCCUUGCCAUGCCAGUCACCGCAGAACCCAUGUGGGGGAGGCCAGUGCGAGGCGGGCAUGGGUAGCUACUAUGGAUGCGUGUGUCUGGAUCCCAUUUUCAUUCCCGUUGCCGACAAGGGCGGCGCGCAGACGUGUGCGUAUGCUGACGUGUGCAGCCAAUCGAAACACCCCCUCCCUCCCUCUGCCUCCCCCACUACCUCCUCUUCCUUCCCCUCUCCUUCCCCUCUCCUUCCCCCCCUACCUCCCCCACUCGCCCCCUGCCAGCCGACGUGUGCAGCCAGCAGGACGAAAACCCAUGUGCGGUCGGCACGUGCAUCAACGACAAUGCGGGCGGCUUCUUUUGUCUCUGUCCGCCGGGAUUCGACCAGGGUUACCGCCCCAAUGGCGCUCACACAUGCGUCCCAUGUAGCCACCCCCCCCUACACAUACACCGUCGUCUUCCCAAUAGACAUCGACUGUCCGCUCGUCUACCAGCUCUACGGCCUCACAGAGGAGGCGUUUCUCGCUCAGAACCUGCAGCUGGGCGUGGAUCACUGCGAGACCAUCCCGGCCAACACGGCAGUGACUGUGGCGCCGCCCCUCAUGGGGGCGGUGCACUGUGUGCUCUACUACUCGUGGACGGCAACUGACACGUGCCAGAGCGUGGCCGACAAUUUCUGGCUCACAGUCGACGAUCUGGUGACGCUCAACCCGGGGAUCAACUGCACUGAUUGCACCGCCUGGAACGCUCCGACCGUGAACCAGCAGCUGUGUGUGGCGAAGGGCAGCGGGGGAGGGGACGUGCCAAAGCUGCCCAUGUGCACUAGAUGGUACACGGUGCAGUCGGGGGACACAUGUCAAAGCAUCAUGGCGGAUUUCUCUCUCAACCAAACCGCCUUCUUCUCCCUCAACCCGGGCGUGGGCUGUGACAGCCUCUUCGCGUCUGUUGGGGGCAGCACCUUCGGCUGGAGUGGGGGUGGUGUGCAGGUGGGUUGCGGGGAGACAGGUGAGGGGAUGGCGUGCAGGUGA